AUGAGCAAGGCCUUCGACUUCGUGCAUCAUGAGAGACUUCUAGCAAAACUCGAAAGAUAUGGCAUGAGGGUCAAAGAACUAAGUCAAAGUUGCGACCCGCCGUGGGACCUGCAGGCGGAGGUGCUCGCACAGGUGCACCGCUACCGGUCCAGCAUGAGGACUCGAGGGGAAAGACCAGGACUGGAGGAGAUUGGGAGACUCCGUACCCUCGGAAGAGAGGUCCUGGUCCAGAGAUGGAGAGAAGACCUUGAGUCCCCGGUGGCGGGCAUCUGGACGGUGGAGGGCAUCCGGCCCCACCUAGACCGGUGGCUGAAGCGGCGCCAUGGCGCGCUGACAUAUCGCCUCGUGCAGGUGCUUACCGGACACGGCUGCUUCGGUAACUACUUGCACGGGAUCGCGAGGAGGGAGGCCUCGCCGAUCUGCCAUGAGUGUGGCGCGCCUGAAGACACGGCGCUCCACACCUUGGCACUAUGCGCGUCAUGGGCGCCGCAAAGACACGCGAUGGUGUCACUCCUGGACGGUGACCUCUCGCUGCCGAGAGUUAUCAAUCUGAUGCUCGGCAGUGAAGAGGGAUGGUCUACUGUCGCCUCCUUCUGCGAAGCCCAGGGCUGGCAUAUAGACAGGAGACAAAAAUUAUAUCCCCCUGUUAUAUCCCCUGACAUGGAUGUAAACGUGUCCAACUACUAA